GUCCAAUAGAAGCUUCACCCCCACAGACAACAAGCCUAAAGACUGGUUUUAGCGAUUUAGCCUAGCAGUGAGACGGUCGCCAGGAAUGGAUCUGUACAGUAGCAGUGCCUAUUUACUGUACUCGUCCCUGACAUCUCCACUAAGGGUCUAAUAGGUACCUACGGACUAGUCGUGAUAUAAAGUCCUCUUUUCCCCUCUUCAAUACUUCGUUACGUAGCGCUUACACUUCCUCAUUCCCCGACUUCAAGCUUGUGAUAUCAUCACAUCACCCCAUCUCCAUCGCACUUUCCCGAAGCUCACUCUUUCCCUCCCUUUACACAAUCCAUCCUCAAUCAGAUAAGAAAGCAAAAUCCAGAGUAUCAACCGUUGAUAUUCCAUCAUCAUCAUGUCUCGAGUUACACCCCCCGUCACCAAGUUCACCCGAAUCAUCAAGAGAUCCCUCAGCACAACCCCCAACGCAGGCCGUUCAUCAAAACUGUUCGAAUCCGCCCGCGCCAGCAGCAAAUCAGAGGUAAAUCAUCCAAUUCCUUCUUAUACCACAAUACCAAACAUAUCAGAAUACAUACUAACACCCAUCCUCAGCUCUCACAAACCGAAACCACCUCCACCCAUGGCUUCCACAACCUAGCCUCCCACCGCCCAACACCCACCGUCUACCGCCCCUUAAUGCAAGGCUUCCGCACCAACAUCCCCAAAUCCAUCCACACCCCCGCCAUCAGCACCAUAGAAUCCUUCACCUUCCCGCAAAUCCCCGCUCUGCACGCCUCCGCCGCCCCCGUCUCUCCAUUCAGCAUCCGCGUUCCUCUCCUCCCAGACUCGUACACCGCAUCGCAUCCAGUUGAGACGCUGGAUGAAGCGGUCCCACGCAGCGAGAUCAGUAUCGUGGCCGCGCACCCCGAGAACGUGGUGCCGGUGGCUAUGAGCGAGGUUGUGGGUAAUGAUGGGAUGGAGGUGGAUCUGGGAUUGCUUGCGAGAGGCGCAGGGAUCGUGGAGGAUGUUAAGGAGGCGGUGAGGGAGAGGGAGAUGGGUGUUGUUAGGGAGUUGUGGGGUGCGGUCUUGGAGGAUUUGAGGGCCGUUGGACAGAAGGAUGUUAGGGUUGCUGUUUAACCUCUCCUUGUCUAGGGGCAAGGGAUGAGGGUUGUUUUGUCUUGAUAUUGCGAGGAAGUCGAGUACGAUCGCAGCUGGAGCUGGAGCAGUCGGAAAGACGAACAUGGAUGGGAUGCUUGGGAUAAGCUGGUGCUUUUUUUGGGCGUAUCAUGAUGCGAUGAUGUUUUUCUUGUGCUUUUGCUCGCUCUCAUGCCUUUUUCUGGUCUCAUUUUGGCAUCGAUGAUUGCUUGUAGCUGGUAGCUGUUUGGGU